UAUAUUCUUCAGCUGGUCAACGGUAACGGCAAACAUACACUCGAGUAUGCUGGACAAAUGGACGGAGUUUUCGUCGAUGGCUGACUCAAUCAUGCCACGUGGCAAAAGGCUUUUGUGGCGAUCAACGCAACUCAUCUUGUCCUCUCGGCCAACAAUGAGCAGACUAUCUAUCCUAUCAGUCCUAACGAAAGCUCCAAUUCGUCGAAUUACACGUCUUUUCCUACGACUUACGUAGACGGCAGCUACAGCUCUUUAAACUUCCUGAAAAGGUUAUCUCUACUCAUUUUCACCUUCUUCAUUGGCUGCAUGGAAGAUGUCAUUAUUAACGGCGAAUGGGAUUAUUCUUGUACUACGUUGAAGACCGUAUAUAUGGAGGACGUAGAAUCAGGCUGUCCCCGCGAGGCUCAAUGCUCACCAAAUCCCUGCGAGAACGGCGGUCACUGCACCGACAAUUGGCGCGAAUUCAAAUGCAAGUGCGAGCGUCCUUAUCUCGGUCGCACCUGUCAGUACAACAUGACCUUUGCCACCUUCGGCUACGAGAACAUUACGAACGGCUAUGUGACUGUGAAGGUUAUCGACACGGCUAAACGGACUGUCAGUUCAGUCGUUGACAUCUGCAUGUUCAUCCGCACGCGGGAGGGCCACGGUGAUAUAUUUUACCUGGACACGGAUCCGCAGGACGAUCUAAAGCUUGAGGACAAGACUUGCAUAAGAGCGCAACUGAAGGACGGAAACUUGCGCGUGAGUUUCCAGUUUGACAUCACUGACGGCUACACGAUCGACGGCGCGAGGCUCAACGACGAAAACAACACCUCAUUCAAGUGA